AUGUGGCGACCUCUGUCCGCGAUCGUCUUUCUUGUGGCGAUCGUUAAUCCGCUGGCGGAGACGAGACACCGAGACCAACUUCAACUGGAUGACUACCUCGACUACGACGGGGUGAUGGAGUACCUGGAUCAGCUGGCACGAACAUACCCCGAUCGGAUCACACUAAAGGACAUGGGUCUAACGUACGAAAAUCGUUCCCUAAAACUCGCCAUGAUAACGAACGGAGAUGGGCGUCUGGGAAAGAGGGUGAUAUUCAUGGAUGCCGCUCUGCACGCCCGCGAAUGGAUGACCCCCGUGGCCGCCCUCUAUACCAUUUAUAAGUUGGUAGUUGAGUUCGAGGAAAAUGCCGAUCUUCUGGCCGAUUUUGAUUGGCACAUUAUGCCACUGGCGAAUCCGGAUGGUUACGAGUACUCUCGCAAAACGAAUUCUACGUGGAGGAACACGAGGACACCGAAUGUCGGCGACUGCAUCGGCACCAAUCUCAACUACAACUUUGAACUGGGCUGGGGAGUCGGUUUUCCGGAGCUUAAAGAUUCUUGCGAUGAGAAUUAUGCGGGCAGUGCACCAUUCACCGAGGUGGAGUCACGUACAGUGCGGGACAUAAUGCACAGCCUGAUGCAAAGUGAGCGAGGCGUCAUGUAUCUUUCCCUGCACUCGUCCAUCCGGAUGGUUUUCUAUCCUUGGAUCUAUGACAGUAAACCGUUGUUAAAUGAAGGGGAACACGUUGAAAUCGCCAAAUUCGUGGCCGAUCAAAUAUUUCAAAGUUCUAGCACGGUUAUACGGACAUGGCAAUAUGGCGAAGAAUUCGGCGGUACUAGCAUCGAUUAUGCCUUUUACGUGGGAUUUCCCUUAUCGUUUGCCUUCGAGUUGUCAGGAUUGGACCAUAAUCACGUGGAUCACGGGUUUUUUCCACCAACCUCGGAGAUUCGCCGCCUAGCUGAUGAAUCGUGGACGGGUAUUCGAGCCUUUGGCAAGAAGGCCAUUGAAAAAUAUCCGCCCUCCAGGGCAAUACAUCAGUCCCAGGAACACAGAACUACCGAAAAUUCAGCAACACGGACUUGGGGCUUAGAUCCAGUGGUUUAAACAACUACGCUGCUUUUUGCACAUUUCACCAAAAAUAUUUUAAACUUUAAAAUGUGACAAAACUAAAUACUAUUCUUAAAUCUUUCUUAAUUCUUAGUUCUCAAUAAGCUGAAUUAUGGUUAUAGUUUGAAAUU